AUGGCCCGGACUGUUGACUCUCUGGGUGCCACUGUGCCGGAUCCUUACCCUAUGAAGAUCUACAUCGAUGGCGUCUGUCGGGGACAGGUUCCGGGAAACGGCUCGCCGUCUACCAUCGGAGGUGCAGCAGCAGUCUUGACAUACGGCUUCGGAAACGAUAGUCCCGAAAUAUGUGAUCACUUCCUACGAAGCUCCAACUACCACGGCGCACCUCCGGUCACUAGAAAGCGAGCCGUGAUUACAGCCGUGAUCAUCGCACUUCUAAAAGCUCUGCAGAAGCACUACGAGUUGGGCACCGAUCCAUAUUUGAACGUGGAGAUCUACACGGACUCCAGGUACGUGAUCAGCUGUAUGACCGACUGGCAAUACCUGUGGAGAAGCCAGAAUUGGAUCACCACAGCACGCAGAGAGGUUGCCAAUCGAGACUUGAUCGAGGCGGCCGUGGAGCUGAAUGAUCGCUUGAUGGAAAAGGGCAGAGUUGGAUACAUCUGGAUCCCGCAAUCUCAGAACCAGAUCGCAGUUAGGGCCUGCAUCGAGGUCAUGGAUAGGAACUCCUGA